AUGGUGGAGCCCAAGAAAACUGUAUCUGGUGUAUCCGACACUGAUUUUCGAAAAAAAUACGAUAGGGCCGAGUAUGCGGCAAAAGCCUUUGAACGUGAAGCCAAAGAAAAAGAGGAAGGCAAAGCGCGAUAUGAAGCCAAACUUGCCGGCAAGAAAUACUACGCGCCCCUCACCGGAAACGAAGCCCUCACGCAGGCCCGGGCUGCGCGGCUCGAUGUGGCCAGCAACGUAGGAAAGACAGUGCUUCUACCUGCGGGUGCCGCAACUGGCAAGAGAGGAAGGGGAGCUGGUUUCUACUGCAAAGAUUGCGAUUUGACAUUCAAAGACAACUUACAAUGGGUGGAGCAUGAGAAUAGUAUGCAACAUCUAAGAGCUAUCGGACAGACUGGUGAGGUCAAACGAGCUACAGCAGAAGAAGUACAUGAUCGUAUCACACGGAUAUGGGAUAUGAUUAUAGAAGAAAAAAAAGGCGAUGUGAAAACUCUUGAUGAAAGACUGGAGCUUAGAAAGGAAGAAGAAGAUCGACAACGAGAGGAAAGAAGACAGAAGAGGAAAGAUCUUGUUGAAAAAAAGAAGAUGGAGAAGGAGCUUGAAGUCAAGAUUAAGACAGAAUAUGGUGAAGAUGUUCGUAUAGAAGGAGAACAUGAUGAAGAUGAUAUGAUGGAAAUAAUGGGAAUCGGUGGAUUUGGUUCAUCCAAGAAAUGA